AUGACAUUUGAUCUAUCGAAGAUGAGGAACCUCGAGUUUUAUUACUCUCUCAUUCUUCUUCUGUUCAUAAUUCAUUCACCCUGCUCUACAUCCACAAAUACUCCUCUUGAUAGUUAUUUCAUUGCUUGCGGUUCUUCCAAUAGCAUUACUCAUCUUCAUCGUACCUUUGUUCCUGAUUCUCAACAACCCUCUGUUACAUUUGAUUCUGAACAUUCUGAUGUUAUUAAUUCUUCUAGAACUUUCUCCCCGAUUUACCAAUCUGCUAGAACUUUCUCAACCUCAGCUUCUUACAACUUCGACAUGAACCACAAAGGCUGGCAUUUCGUCCGAUUCUACUUUCAUCCUCUUUCCAAAACAUUGGCUUCAGCCUCGUUCAGUGUUGUCACUGGAAGCUAUGUCCUCCUUGAUCGCUUUAGCUUUAACACUUCUAAACACAAUAGUGCUUACUUGUUCAAGGAGUUUGUGAUUGAUGUCAAUACUGACAUUUUAAUCCUCACUUUCGUUCCUUUUAGAGACUCCGAUGUUGCAUUUGCGAAUGCCAUUGAGGUUGUUUCUGUCCCAGAUAAGAUAUUCUCUUUUGGUCACACCUUAUCUUUUCCAAAAUUGAAAGAUACUGCUCUUGAAACCAUGUAUCGCUUGAACAUGGGAGGCCACUCUCUAGUCCCUUCCCAAAACAGCACUCUUUUCAGAGUUUGGGAAGAGGACGAUAAGUAUCUCCAGCCUAACCCUUUAGCUUCAAAUAUGUCAGUGAAUCCAUUCUCCAUAAAGUCUUCAUCCAACGACUUCGUGUCUUCCGAGGUAGCACCUACAGGUGUUUAUGCCACCGCAAAAGCCUUGAAAAACAUUUUGAGCAAGUCCAAUUUGACAUGGGUCUUCCCAGUCAGUCCAAAUUUCAAAUACAUACUGAGGAUGCAUUUCUGCGAUAUAAUUAGCAAGUCCAGAAACAGCUUUCUUUUCAAUGUGUACGUAAAGUCCGAGGUUGUGAUGAAAAAUCUGAAUCUAUCAGCCUUUACCUAUGAUGUUGGUGUUCCAUACGUCAUCGACUAUGUCACCAAUAAUACUUCUGAAGAAGAUUCAGAUAAAUUGAGUGUGACUGUGGAAGCUGGUGGCCUUGAGCAGGGCCGUAAUGCUAUCUUGAACGGGCUAGAGAUUCUGAAAAUGAGCAACGACGUUAGAAACUUGGAUGGGCUUUCCUCAGUUGACGAUAUAUUUUCUAAGUCAGAUCGGAACAUUCCAAGAGUAGCAUUAAUCAUUUCGAGCUGUGGCAUGGCUGCUUUGCUUUUCUUCGCAUGUGUUAUUUAUUACUUUUAUGGUCGCAUAAGAGCUGGCAAGUCCAACAUCACUCUUUCAAAUAAAGAAGGAAGACUCAGAAUAUUCACGUUCGAGGAGAUUCAAAAAGCAACCAACAAUUUCGAUAAGAGCUAUCAUGUCGGCAAUGGUGGGUUUGGGAAGGUGUUCAUGGGACAGCUCCAAGACGGUACGAUGAUUGCGACGAAGAAAGCAAAUCCUCAGUCCAAUCAAGGCAUUGCCGAGUUUCAGAACGAGAUCAAAUUCUUAUCGAAACUUCGUCACCAAAAUCUCGUCUCUCUUCUUGGAUAUUGCUACGAGGACAACCAAAUGGUUCUGGUUUAUGCCUACAUGGUAAACGGAUCUCUGGACAACCUUCUGUACGGGAAAAACGUCGUCGUCCCGCUCUCAUGGAAGCAAAGGCUUGAAAUCUGCAUAGGAGCAGCCACUGGGCUUCAUUAUCUUCACACAGGUACGGGUGGUUGUCAAAGCAUAAUACACAGAGACGUGAAGGCGGCGAAUAUUCUGUUGGAUGAGAAUUUGGUGGCCAAAGUUUCAGACUUUGGGAUCUCACGGAGUGGCCCAUCUUCAGAUAAGUCCCAUGUGACCACUGUUGUGAAGGGAAGCUUCGGUUAUUUAGAUCCUGAGUACUUCAGAACGCAGCGUUUAACAGAGAAAUCAGAUGUGUACUCAUUCGGGAUUGUGCUUUUGGAAGUUCUAUGUGGGAGGCCUGCUCUGAAUCGUGCCCUACCUGUCGAAGCAAAGAAUCUGGCAAACUGGGCUCUGAGAAAAGUUGAAAAUGAUGAAUCAUCACUGGAAGAGAUAAUAGACGCGAGUCUAAUUGGUGACGCGAAACAUGAAUCUGUGAAGAAGGUUUGGGAAGUGGCUAAGAUGUGUUUGGAAGGAAAAAGGAUCAAGAGGCCAACGAUGGGAUACGUCAUGUCUGGUUUACAGGAUGCUCUCCACCUUCAUCUCAAUACAGAAGCCCUAGCUAGCUACUGA